CGGUUGGGAAAAUGGCGUACCAGAGCCUCAGGCUGGAGUACCUGCAGAUCCCACCGGUUAGCCGCGCCUACACCACCGCCUGCGUCCUCACCACCGCUGCUGUGCAGCUGGAAUUGAUCACACCUUUUCAGUUGUACUUCAAUCCCGAAUUAAUCUUUAAACACUUUCAAAUAUGGAGAUUAAUCACCAAUUUCUUAUUUUUUGGACCAGUUGGAUUCAAUUUUUUAUUUAACAUGAUUUUUCUAUAUCGCUACUGUCGAAUGCUAGAAGAAGGCUCUUUCCGAGGUCGGACAGCAGACUUUGUAUUUAUGUUCCUUUUUGGUGGAUUCUUAAUGACUCUUUUUGGCUUGUUUGUGAGCUUAGUUUUCUUGGGCCAGGCCUUUACAAUAAUGCUGGUCUACGUGUGGAGCCGAAGGAAUCCAUAUGUCCGCAUGAACUUCUUUGGCCUUCUCAACUUCCAGGCCCCCUUUCUACCAUGGGUGCUCAUGGGGUUUUCCUUGUUGUUGGGGAACUCAAUCAUUGUGGACCUCUUGGGUAUUGCAGUUGGACACAUAUAUUUUUUCUUGGAAGAUGUAUUUCCCAAUCAGCCUGGAGGAAUAAGAAUUUUGAAAACCCCAUCUAUUUUGAAGGCUAUUUUUGAUACACCAGAUGAGGAUCCAAAUUACAAUCCACUACCCGAUGAGCGGCCAGGAGGCUUCGCCUGGGGUGAGGGCCAGCGCCUUGGAGGUUAAAGCAGCAGUGCCAAUAACAAGACCCAGCUGGGAAGGACUCAGUGAAAUACCCCUUGGGAUUCUUU